AUGGGGCUGGCUGGCUGGUUCAAGAAGGACCAUGAGCCACCGGUCCCGUCACCCUUUGAGGACAUCUUCGGGGUGCCGCUCUGUGAUGACAGAACGCCGCUCCUAGACAAGGAGCUGGACGAUGUUGUCACUCAAGGUUUGGCUGCCCACGACAACCUGGGGAUUGCCACUGUAAUGCGGGAGUGUCAUGACCUUUUCAAAGGGCUAGGCUCAUUGACUGACUGUGGCGGUGGUGACGGUACGACGGCAAGAGCCAUCAUCAAGGCUUACCCGCACAUCAAGUGCACUGUGCUAGACCUUCCCAAGGUGGUCGACAAAGCUCCAGCGGAUGGUGUUGUUACCUAUGUCGCAGGUGACUUGUUCCAUUCCGUCCCAUCAUCACAAGCUGUGAUGCUCAAGGUACUUGUGCUACACUUCUGGAGCGAUGAGGAUUGUGUGAAAAUCCUAGCUCAGUGCAAGAAGGCCAUUCCUUCGCGCGAGGAGGGAGGGAAGAUAAUAAUCAUUGAAAUUGUGGUUGGACCUUCCUUAGGGCCAAUAAUGUUUGAAGCGCAGCACCUUAUGGAUAUGCUCAUGAUGGUGAACUCAAAAGGGCGUCAACGGGAUGAAAAUGAAUGGAGCAAACUAUUCACUAAAGCGGGGUUCACGGACUACAAAAUUGUGAAGAAACUAGGAGCUCGAUGUGUCAUUGAGGUCUAUCCAUAA